AUGUCUGGAUUAAAUCCUUUCCGCCCUAAGAAGUUAGAAGGUGAGGCUUCCCUUCCGCCGCUUCCGACUUGCCUGCGCGCAGCCUACAAGACCACCGCGGACCGGCUGACCCUUCCAGAUCAUACAGCUUAUAAACAUCAGCCUCAUCUCUCUCCUCUCAUAAAGUCGUCUUCAACUGCGUCGCAUCCAGUUUCGCUUAGCCCUUCAUCUACUGCCGCGGUUGCAGCUGGCCAGACGGACCGCUCUUCCUUGACUGCGGACGCCCCUCUCUCAACGGCCAAUGCGCCUGGUCUGAACAAUACAGUAACUUCGGAUCCAUUCAGUCAGAACUCUGAUGUGAGCGAUGAUGACGCUGGACGGGGACAACGCCUUGAAGAGCCAGCAAUAUCUUCCCCUGGCGCUCUGUAUUCUCAGGAAACCAUCCGGGCUGAUACUCGUCAGCUGCUUACCACGCCAACUGACCUAGCUCGAGGACAAACCUUGUCAACUGCUACUUCUCGAUUGGAAUCCCGGAAUGUUGAAGAAUUCCUGGAAGAUACAGCCGUUUCCAGCUCGAUCGCCUUCAGUCGGUCGUCCGUUUCGAUGGAGGAAACAGAUAGCGAGAACGCUGCCGAAAAGCGUCAGUCGUAUGCACUCCCCAAAACCUCAGGCCGGCCAAUCUCUAUAAGCACGGGCAUAAACCCAAAGGCCCUUGCUAUUCGUUCGGGAAAUAAAGACCGGGUGCCGCCUCCUCCGCCAAAAAGUCAUCAUGGAAAGCUGAUCAGCUCAGUUCCGAGAAUGGCACCGUCUAUGUUGCAAACGAUGCCUAGCAAAGCUACAAACGGGAUCUCGUUUCACAGCUCCAGCUCUUUUGCAGGCCUUCCAGUGCCUCCUCGAAUACGGCAAGAACCUCUUGAACAUUUCGGUACACCCUCAAGUCAGCCUGCGCCGCCGACUGAUGCUCUCCGGCGCAGUCAAUCCCAACACAAGCGGCCACCCACUCCUCCGUUGAGUCGACGACAUAGUCAAAUGAGGCGUUCCAAAUCGACGCUCUCAAAACCGAGCUCUUUUCAGUUGUCCACGCGCCAUUCCACGAUCGAGGUUCUUGCGUCGACAUCAUCAAGUCCUGGAUCUCGGCCACUAACUCCUUCGGUACGGACUAGAGACUCGAGGAAUGACUCGUCCACCCACGAUGAGGAGAGCUCGAGCUUUACUUUACAGUCCGAGAACUUACCCCCAACAUCUUACUUGCACACGACCGAAGUAUCUGGCCUACAAAUCCAGUCGAGUUCUCAGGGUACCUCAAGGCGAGCAUCAUCAAUGAGCCACUUACCAACACCUCCUCCUCCUCGCCGCACUCGCGCGGGCAAUCACGGCAGUGAUAAUGACUCGCGAUCCAGUCUUCGUUCCGAGCACAACGCAAGUCAGGCUGAGAAUCUUGUUUCGCACCCAUCUAACGCGAAGGACAUUCUGGCAGACCUGUCGCGAUUGCAGAAAGAGGUAGAUGAUCUUCGAGGGCACUACGAAAACCAGAGAACUCGAUAG